CGGAAGCGCCGGUGGCGUGUGCGGUGUGCGGCGGCGGGCAGCGGCGAUAGGCAGCGGCGAUGGGGGCCCGCGGGCUGGAGGCGGCGGUGGUGGAGCUGGCGCCGGGAGAGGCUCGCGAGAGAGAGCCUACGGAUGGUCAGCCUGUGGUGAUCCUUCUAGGCUGGGCAGGCUGCCAGGACAAAUACCUGGCCAAAUAUAGUGCAAUCUACAGUCAGAAGGGGUGCACUGUCAUCCGCUACACGGCUCCAUGGAGGAUGAUAUUCUUCUCUGAGACCUUUGGCAUGAGAUCCCUCCAGACCCCAGCCAGGCGACUCCUGGAGCUGCUCUUUGACUACAGUGUUGAAAACAGACCGGUUCUUUUCCAUGUUUUUAGCAAUGGUGGUGCCAUGCUGUACCGUUAUGUUGUUGAGGCGCUCCACACUCACAAGCCAUUCAAGAACCUCAGAGUAGCAGGAACCAUUUUUGAUAGUGCACCUGGCAGAAGAAAUUUGAGAGGAGGCCUUCGUGCCUUGGCAACUGUCUUGGUAUCCAAGAACGUGCUGCUCAAGUAUUUCCUCUUAUUUGCUUUUGCUACUACAGCUGUUGUGCUGCGGAUCCUGCUGUACCCACUGACCCGCUUCUUCCAUGAGAGCCAUUAUGAUGCUCUGCUGAAAGCACCCUCGUGGAGGCCUGAGCUUUAUCUCUAUUCCCAAGCUGAUGCCAUCAUCAAGGCCAGUGAAGUGAAGCAGAUGGCUGAUGCCAGGCAGCAGCUUGGUGUCUCUGUGAAAGCUGUAGACUUCUCGGAUUCAGCUCACGUCGGCCACAUGCGGGCGUAUCCCACCUAUUACAGCAACCUCUGUGUGACUUUCCUGUCUGACUGUGUCAGGGCCUCACCUCGUUAGUAGUAUAAUGACCUCCAGUGUUUGCCUCUGCUUCGCUCAGCUCAGACGGGAAAUGUCACCUCCUUUGCCUUUGUGGCUUUGAAGGGAGGAAAGUAGAGACUUCUCAGCUGUUGGUUUUUGGGUUUUCGUAUUUUAUUCCCCCCCCCACCGUCUAAAAGAUUGAAAGCCUCCAGGCUUAUAACAGAAAGUAGAUAUGGAUUAAUUUAAAGUACUGAAAGUGAAAUCCUAGCAUGAUUGAAGUUGAUGUGUUACAGAUCAGAAUUUCACAGAGUCUUAUUUGUUUCUUCCUGUCUCCUAUUGUUCUCUGCUUUUCUUGUUGUCUUGUUGUCUUUGAUGUCCAAUGUGCAUGUUCUGUUGCCUUGUACAGACUUCACAAUACAGCUCUUUCAUCUC